AUGUCACGGACGACUUCGUCCAAGCUCGUCCUUUUAGGCGAGUCAGCAGUGGGAAAGAGCAGUCUAGUACUGAGAUUUGUGCGGAACGAGUUUUCAGACUUCAGAGAGUCCACAAUCGCCGCUUUUCUCACUCAAACCGUCUCACUGGACGAAAACACUUCCAUCAAGUUUGAGAUAUGGGAUACGGCCGGACAAGAACGUUACAAGUCUCUCGCACCAAUCUACUUCCGAAACUCCAACGCAGCCGUGAUCGCUUAUGACAUUACGCAGCCUCCUGAAACAUCAUUCGAGAAAGCAAAGAUGUGGGUCAGAGAAUUACAACGUCAAGCGGAUCCAUCGAUCGUCAUCAUGCUAGUGGGUAACAAGACGGAUUUGGAAAAUCAAAGAAAAACGCCAAGGGAAAUGGGGGAGAAAUAUGCUCAAGAAGAGGGAUUGUUGUUUGCAGAAGCCAGUGCGAAGACGGGUGAAGGGGUGGAGGCACUGUUCAUGGAGAUUGCGCGAAAACUACCGUUGCACACACCGACACCACGAAAGCCUGGGCAACAGGGAGUUGCGGUGGGCAAGGAAGAGGAGACCCCGUCUGCCUGUACGUGCUAG